UGAAAGAGAUUCAAAUCGAAAUCUGACCGUUUCCACUUCCUCUGGCUUUUCACUUCAACAGCUUUUCCCUUUUCUCGUCAACACUUCAAACUACGGGCAGAGCUUCGCGUCUUCCUCUUCCAUGGCGAGCUCGACCCUCUGUCUCACAAUCGACAGGGGACCUAAGGCAGGGGAAACCCUAGCGUGCAACCCAGGAACCGUAAUCCGCAUUGGCCGAGUAGUCAGGGGCAACACUUUCGUCAUUAAGGAUCCCAGCAUUUCUCAAAAGCAUCUUACUGUUGGCUUCCUUCCUGAAAUCUCUCGCUGGGUUGUUACAGACCUCGGAUCAUCCAAUGGAACCUAUGUUAACGAUUCUCUUAUUUCCCCAGACGAAGAACCAACCUCCCUCUCCGACGGCGACGUGAUCAAGAUCGGCGAGAAAACCUCCAUCUCCGUGAGAAUUUCAGAUCCUGUGGACCAACCACUUUUGAUUCCGAGAUGUGAUCGGCCGCCGAGGCCGCCGAAGCAGGUAAAGCUCGAGGACAAGGAGUGGGAGGAGAAUGUGGAUGAACCAUCAAAAAAUGGACAGAGGGCGAGGGGGAGGGGAAGAAAGGGUGGAGGAUCUACUAGGGUUAAGAGGAAUGUUGAGAACUUGGAGUCGGUGGUGAUGGAACCUAGGGUGACGAGGUCUUUGGCUAGGGGUGGCUCGAUUAGGGUUUUUGUGAAGAAGUUGAAGGGGGAGGAUGUUACGAUAAUAUCAAAUUCAGAGUUCGUAGAUGUGAUGGAAAAGGAGAAACAAUUAGAAGAGAAGAAUGCUAGAGUUAAGGAAGAGGUGAUCGUUGUGGAUGCAGAAAAUCAUUCUGGUACUGAGGAGGUGGAGGAUAAUAUGGAUAAUAUAUCAAAAGAGAACAAUGCUGGAGUUGUGGAAGAGGUUUCUAGGGUUGAGAAGGAUAAGGGUAAUAUGAAUAAUAUAUCAAAAGAGAAUGCUGGAGAUGAGGAAGAAGUGCUAACUCUGGAUGGAAAAAUUGACUCUAGGGUUGAGGACAUGGAGGAUAAUAUGAAUAAUAUGACUUUGGGUGAAUGGUUUGAUAGAAUGGAGGAGUACUUGCCCAAGUCAAUAAAUAAAGUUGCAGAUGAAAUAAUUGACAAACUGAGGAAAAACGCCCAACUCUUUGAUGAAUACAUCAGUCAAACUUCAAAUAUUCUAGUUGAAUAGGUGUCAAUCCAGACUAUAGGUUGCCAUCAUGUAAGUUGGCUGGCACCAUCUUAAUGCCUAAACUAACAUGAGUUUAAAGUAAGGAGGGGAAUCUCAGCAGGAGGACAGUUGCAGAAUUUGAUUUGACAUAAACAAGAAAGGGAAUGGAAAAUAAUGUUUAGGACAGUAAAUGAAGCGGAGAAAGAGGCCUGCAACCUUUCUAAUUUAAUAUUGAUGGAGAAGAUGCAGGCGAAAAAGAACAAAGAAAACACAAUUUUUUGGGCUGGAGUGUCAUCCAAGCUUUUCAUUUGUUCAAUUUAUGUCGAACUGUAUUUUGGUUCCUAAUGAGCUGCCUGAUUAUUUUUACACCA